AUGUCGGAGUACGCCACGGUCCAGAAGGGAGCUUUAAAACUGAAAGGUGUGGGCAGCGUUUCAUCUGGGAAGAAGAAGAAAAGGAAGGACAAAGAAAGCAAGCAGCGUAUGGAACAAGUGUUGACCAAUCAAAAUGAUGAAGACGAGAACACUAAGAAAACAUUCAUGGACAACAGGACACCAGCUCAAAUCGCUUUUGACAAGAUGCAAGAGAAGAGACAAAUGGAGAGGAUUCUGAACAAAGCAUCAAAAACACACAAACACAGAGUUGAGGAUUUUAAUCGAAACCUUGAUGCACUUACUGAACAUUAUGACAUUCCCAAAGUCAGCUGGACAAAGUAA